AUGACUAACAAUAAAGGGAAGAAACGGUCUUAUAUAGAGAUGUAUAUUACAGAUAAUAAUAAUUUAUCUAGUUCUUCUGACUCUCCUGACAGUGUAACUGAAUCAGAUAAAGAUAGCACUGUAUUCAAUAUGUGUAAAGAUAUUAAUGGCUAUGAUAGUGAUAAGAGUCCAAAAAAUUUAUUGAAUUAUGAUGUUAUUAUAGAUGAUGUAGAAUUUAUUGUCAAUCUAGACAUUGAGUGGCAAAAGCAAUGUGAUCAUAUAAAAAAAAUAUGGGUACCAAAAAUUUCAGAUGCUAUUAUUGAUCAAUUUCCAUAUACAAGUAAAGAUAUACUAGAUCUUCUUCAAAGCCAUAAAAAACAUAAAGUUGGGUACAAAAAAAUAAAGAAUGAUUCAAAAACUGAUAAGUAUAAUAAAUACCAAAAAUUUGCUAAUCGUCAAAAAGUAGCAGCUAACUAUCUUAUUUUCGCUUUUGACGCUGCUAUUAAAAACUUCGACCCAGAUGAUAUUUAUUUCCUUAUAAGUAAUAAGGAUAUUCAUUCAGAAAGAUAUCAUUAUGAGAAUAAAGGGUUUGAAUUCACAGAAGAUAGAGAAGUAAUUGACAGUUAUGGUAAUAUACAAAUUGAUAAAUCAGGUAACACAAUAGUGUAUCCGGAUUCAGGUGAAGCACCAAUUUUUUCAAGCAAAAAACCUAAUAUCGGCGCUGUUUUAUUAUGUGCUUUGCCAUGGUAUCGAAGCUCUAAAGCUCAAAAUUGGUUAGAAAUAGAAAUUCUACAAUUAGACAGUGAUACUAGCGAUAAAUCUGAUUCCAAUAGAGAUGAUAUAGACUAUUUGAGUAAACAACCUAAUAUCAAAACAAGUUAUCACAUUAAAACAAAAAAGAAGCUUCAAAAGACAAAAACAAUUAGUAUAUCAAGUGGUACUCAAAAAGAUUUAACAGAACCAAGAUGA